CCCGCUUCCCGUCCUGAUACAGGAGCAGACCACGGCGGCAACUCGUCAGUGAAAGCAGCGGCUGUCCCGUCCAGCAGCUCGACCCAGACAUGGGGGAAAUCACCGUGACUCGGCGCAUGUUCCUCUGGAGCAUGGCGGUCAUCUAUCUGGCUGCUUUUGUGUCACUCUACGUGCAGAUACCAGGACUCUACGGUAAUGACGGGCUGCUGCCUGCUCGUUGGCAGCUGCGAUACAGCGGUAAGUCUCUGUGGGAUCAGCUGCUGUCCUCUCCCACCCUGCUGUGGCUUGGACCUCAGCUUGGCAUUGACACGCACACCGCUAUGGAGCUUCUGUGUCUUAUCGGUGCUGCACUGAGCCUGGCCGCCACACUGGUGGAGGCUCUGCGGGACAGUGUGGUGUUUUUCUGCCUUUGGGCCUUGUACCUGUCCAUGUACCAGGUGGGCCAGGUUUUCCUCUACUUCCAAUGGGACAACUUGCUUCUGGAGACAGGUUUCCUCUGUAUCCUUGUUGCUCCCCUGACAUUAAUCAGAGGGUCCCGAGGGGUCAGAGAGCAUGAUCGCGUGACCUUCUGGCUCAUCCGCUGGCUGCUCUUCAGACUCAUGUUUGCCUCUGGUGUGGUGAAACUGACGUCUCGUUGUCCUACAUGGUGGGGCCUCACAGCUCUGACGUAUCAUUAUGAGACUCAGUGUAUCCCCACCCCGCUGGCCUGGUAUGCCCACCAGUUGCCCGUGUGGUGGCAGAAGCUGAGUGUGGUGGGGACCUUCGUUAUAGAGAUUGCUGCGCCCCUGCUUUUCUUCAGCCCACUGCGCAGACUCAGGCUCGGGGCUUUUUACCUGCAGGUGUUGCUUCAAGUGCUCAUCGUUUUGACUGGCAACUACAAUUUCUUCAACCUGCUGACUUUGGCCCUCUGUCUGUCACUUCUGGACGACCAGCAUGUGCACUUCUGGCUACGGAAAGCUGACAAGAUCAGCAACAAUGACUCCAAGCUGUGCUCGUGGCUGUGUUACCUGCUGGAGCUGGCAGUCUGGUCUCUCGUGAUCUUUGGAUCAGUUGUAUGUUUUGACCUGCAGCUGGAUACAAAGAAGAAUGGCAUACUCUCCAGGACAGCCUUCACAUAUCACCAGUUUAACCAGUUUCUGAAGACCGUCACUAUCCCCUGUAUCUGGAUUGGUGUCCUCUCUCUCACCUGGGAGAUGGUCACAUCCAUGUUCAGGUGUGCGUGUGUCUCUGGUUUCCUGAAGAGGUUUUGUGGAACUCUCCAGUGGACUGUGCUGGCUGCCGCCACCGCUGCUAUGUUCACUGUUAGUCUGGUGCCUUACACCUAUGUGGAGUAUGACUCUAAUGCCAGGUUGUGGCCGGGAGUGCGUCGGGCCUACGAGCUGGUGGAUCGAUACCAGCUGGUCAACUCAUACGGCUUGUUUAGAAGAAUGACUGGGGUUGGUGGGCGGCCAGAGGUCGUCAUAGAGGGAAGCAUGGAUGGAAUCUCUUGGACGGAGAUUGAGUUUAUGUAUAAGCCAGGCAACAUGAGUGCAUCCCCUGCUGUGAUAACACCUCACCAGCCCAGGCUGGACUGGCAAAUGUGGUUUGCUGCACUCGGGACUCAUACACAGGCUCCAUGGUUCACCAGCCUCGUCUACAGGCUGCUGCAGGGCAAAAGAGACGUGAUAGAGUUGAUCCAGACAGAUGUAUCACAAUAUCCAUUCCACCAGGAGCCUCCCGCCUACAUUCGAGCCCACCGCUACAAAUACUGGUUUACUAAACCAAAGGCUGACGGUUCCUACCCACAGCGUUGGUGGGGGCGGGUCUAUGAUGAGGAAUUCUAUCCCACAGUGAGCCUGGGCAACGCCUUCCUGGAGAGCAUGCUCAAUCAGUAUGGACUCAAGGAUAAAUCGCCUAGUCGUCGGACGCCCAACGGCACUGUUGCUCAGGUGGUGAGAUGGGUGCGAUCUCAGGUGAGAGGUGUUCCCGCACAUAUACUUAUCUGGACCCUCAUCACCUGUAGCACCAUCCUCUGUCUGCUCAGAGGAGUGCAAAACAGGAACAAACGCACCGAAAGGACCCCACUGACUCAUGAGGCUGCUGUGAACGAUCACACAGAAAAUGUACCCGACAGCUCUUCAGACCAUUGUGGGAAGUCGGUUGAAAAGCAGGGAGCAGAGGACAAGGAGGUGGAGGAGGAGGAGGAUGGAGAGGAUGGUGAAGAUGGUGAAGAAGAGUUGGAUGAGGGGGAAGAAGAGGCGGAAGAAACUCUUGAUGAGACCAAAGAUGACUAGGCACAUGAGGACGAGGAUGGGGAGGAAGACAGGAAAGAAAGUUUGGAAAAAGAUGCAGGUUAUCCCAUUAUAGAUUGUUAUCGCCACCUGCCUUUAUGAAAUGUUUCCAAAAUGACCAAAGAAGUUCUCCUGUGCAUAUUUGUAAUUCCUGACCAGCCAAUUAUGGAAAAACAAAGUUUAUUUUUGCCUUCUUUCACCUCCACCUUACUGCAGUACAUUUUCAAAUAUCAUUGUUUUAUUAGACACAAAUCACUUAAUUCAGCAGAUCUUGCCAGAUAUUUACUAUUUAAAAGGCUGGUUGUGAUUUAUGUUGAACAUUCAGUCUAGUCAGCAGAUCAAAACUAGUGCAAGAAGAGAGAAAUAUAGAAUUUAACUUAUAAUGCGGCAUCUGUUUUGCCCAUUAGGAGAAAUGUGUGUUGCUCAUGUUACUCUUUGUCUCCUGUUUAAUUUGUGCCUUAUCACAAUGUGUGUGUGUUUGUUGUGGUGUUUUAUUUCUGUUACUGUGGUCUCUUCCUGUAUAUACUGAACAAAAAAACCUCUGCACUUUUUUUCCCCACAAAUGUGUCUUCUGUAAAUGUUAGAAAUGAAACAAAACAUAAAAUGGUUUAGUAUUUUUAAAGUGUUUUUAUAUCACAUUAAAGCACAAUAAAAUAAGAA